AUGCAUCAACUCUGCGAGUGCACGCAAGACAUUGCACGGGACAAGGCUCGCAGAAGUCGAACCCCUGCAGAGUCCAGCCACAGUAUGUGCCUGCAGCGUCGCAAGCGCACGCUCGUGGGCAAGAAGAGCUUCAGGUGUGAUCUCUGUGGUUUUGAGUUCAACAAGAGGUACAAGCUGCGCAAUCACAAGAAAGCACACAUGAGUGAGGGGCUAUACCAGUGCACCUUCUGUCCUGCACAGUUCAGGCAAAGCGCGAUGCUGAAGUAUCACAAGCAGAAACAUACAGGCGAGAAGGCCUAUAAGUGUGACCUCUGUCCUGCAGGGUUCAGUCAUAGCUCUAGCCUGUAUGUCCACAAGCGGACACACAUGGGCGAUAAGCCCCAUAAGUGCGAUAUCUGUCCUGCAGAGUUCAACAGGAGGCACGACUUGCAGCGUCACAGGAGAACACACAUGGGAGAGAAGCCAUACAAGUGUGACGUCUGCCCUGCGGAGUUCAGCCGCAGCGAGAUGCUGUUGCGCCACAAGAGGACGCACAUGGGAGGCAAGCCCCAUAAGUGUGAUCUCUGUCCUGCAGAGUUCAGCGAGAGGGCGGGCCUGCGGUCUCACAGGCGAACACACACGGGAAAGAAGCCAUACAAGUGCAAUGUCUGCCCAUUGGAGUUCAGCCACAUGAAGAGGCUGUCAUAUCACAUGCGAAAACACACAGGCGAGAAGCCCUGUAACCCUGUAUCCACACGAAGUUCAGCUAGGGCACGAGACUAUAUCACAAGCGAAAACACAUGGGCAAGAAGCCCAAUAAGUGUGAUCUCUGUACUGCAGAGUUCACCCAGGGGUCUCACCUGUCGUUCCACAAGCGAAGACACACAGAGUUCAGCCACAGCACAAACACACCAGCCGGAGGACCAGCAGAUCACGGACCUGUGGCCUACUCUGGAUCAGGGUUCUUACGAGAGCAUGGUUACGCUCACAUCGGAGGUCAAGGCGAACCUGGAGUGGGGAGCAAAAGUUCUUCUGACGCUCCAGGCCCGGCCGGAUGGGCUGGUCAAGGAAGACACUGUCUUACAUAUACCUUCAAAAUAUUGGCACUCGGUGGGGGAGGAGAAUGAGAAUGCUUACAGCCAGAUAUCUUACACGCACCAAAGAGGAGGAAAAGAAGAGUACGAGAACCAGGGUCAUGGAAGCUGA